AUGUCCGACCAGCCUGUCGCAUCUGCCGUAGCUCCAGCAGAUACAGACGAGAGUGGUUCACAAGCAUCCCUGAUAUCCAGACGACCUGAAGAACUGAUAAAAAAAGCAGUUUCCAGCGUGAGCGAUUUCGGAACAAGAUAUCUUCAACAUGAAGAGGAUGUUUAUAAUUUUAACGCCUGGGAUAAUGUGACAUGGGACGAGGAGCAGGAGCGAUCUGCAUUGGAACUGAUUGCAAAACAAGCAGAAAACAAAGUGCCUGAGGGGAUGCGAGAAAAGUACGAAGAAGAGGCGCCGCAGUUUUGGGAUCAGUUUUACGCAAAGAAUGCCAACAGAUUCUUCAAAGAUCGGAACUGGCUACGGGUAGAGUUCCCAGAGAUCUUUGAGGGUUUACCGAAGGAUUCAUCGGAGCGUUAUAACGUUUUUGAGAUUGGAUGUGGAGCAGGAAAUACGGUUUUUCCUUUGUUGAACGAAGCUGCUAGUUCCAAUGUCUUUGUAUAUGCCUGCGAUUAUUCCAAAGUCGCCGUGGAUGUGGUCAAGAGUAAUCCAGAGUAUAAUGAAAAUAAAUGUCAUGCGUUUGUUUACGAUAUAACAUCAGAGCAGCCUCCAGACCUGGAACCUGGCUCGAUAGACGUUUGCAUUUGUAUAUUUGUGUUGAGUGCAAUCCAUCCAAGUUCCUGGGAAACUGCUGUCAGAAAUAUCUGGAGGAUACUGAAACCUGGAGGGUUACUAUUAUUUCGAGACUAUGGACGGUAUGAUCUUGCACAACUCCGAUUCAAAGGUGGUCGGAUGUUGGAAGAGAACUUCUAUAUACGUGGAGACGGAACGAGAGUAUUCUUUUUUGAUCAAGCGGACAUCUCCAAGAUGUUUAAAGAUUUUAUUAUAGAGCAAAAUGCUGUAGAUAGACGGCUGAUUGUCAACCGGUCGCACUGCUCCACCACAUUCCAAGGUACAAAUUACCGGGCGCAUACUUCAUGCAUUUCUGAGGCGGAAAAAUAUCAAGGUGCCUUAUAUAAAGGACCGAAAAAGCAGCAAAAUCAGCAGAAUAACAAUGCCAGUGUGAAAACCGGCAACAACAAGAACGAGGGGAAGCAGACCAAUGGGACGAAGGAAAACAUUGCGAAAGCACCAACAUCGGAGUCAUUGAUAUCUCAGAUUAAGAAAUCGGAGAGAGCAAAAACUGCACAAGCCUCUUCCGAAACAGGAUCAAAACGACCUAGGGAGGAGGUGACGGAAGACACACCAGACGAGGGAAAGAAGAAGAGAAAGUCGAAGAAGGCCGCGGCGGAAGAGUCUGAGGCGUCACCGGACCUGGCGCAGGAUGCAAACAAUGUAGAUGUGGACAAAACAAAGGGUGUGGUAGAAGCUGUGUUAGCCGUACUAAAGAAGAACCAUACGAUGUCGAUCUCAAAACUACGAAAGAAAGUGGUGAAGAAACUUUCCAAGGAAUAUAAAGGGACGAACCAGGAGGAAUUAGAGCAAAUGUUCUACGAUCAUUUGGUGUUGACAUAUCAGAAUGGGACUGCAUCCAUCAAACAAUAG